ACUAAUAUAUAUGUGUAUGUUCGAGUAUCAGCCAAAGUAGAAACGCAAAAAAUUAAGGUUAGAGCGCAGCCAGGCAACCAACCACACGACGAAACGAAAAAAUAGCAAAAAGCAAAGACUACAAAAAACGAAUUUCAUCUAUUUCAACAUAUAUACACACACACACACAUAUAGAAACAGCAACUAAACCAAACACAUACGAACAUUUUUUCUGACAGAAACUGAAAUCUCGUGUGAUUUUUGAAUAAAAUCUGUAGUGAGUGGAAAAUCAGUUGAGAUAAAAAUCGUCGCAGAGCAGCAGCAGCAGUCAGCCCCCAAAACAAUCAUGGAUAACGCCGGGAAAAAUCGUUAUGAACUUUUGUUCAUGGACGACGAUGUUAGCGAUCCAUUAGAUAAUCUUGUCGCGGCCAAGAAGAAGCAGCAGCAGUCAUCAACGGUUGCAGCAGUAGCACCGACUGCGAAAACGGCGCCAUCUGUUAAGGCACCCAAAACGUCAGCAACCAAGAAGCCAAAUCAAGCCGAAAAGGAAAACAAACCAGGCGCGCUUAAUAAGAAUGAUGGCAAAAAAACUACGACUGGCAACAACAAUGACAAAACCAGCAACAACGGCAAGCAAGGUGGGGCUGUCGCUGCUCGUAACGCUGGCGCUGGUGGCGCUGCUGCGGCCAAAACACGUGAAACUGGUCAAGGGCAGCAGCAACAACAGCGAAAUGUCAAUUUUCGUCAGAACGGUGGGGAAGUGACUCGAGAGCAACGCAAUAAUCGCAGAAAUGUGCGUGAAAAUGGUGCACCCAGUGGCAACUCUGGCGGCAGUGCUGAAGGCAAUCCUCGUCCUUAUCGCGGCUCCGGAGGCGCCUUUUGUAACGGCGGUGAUCGCCAAAAUCGCCCCCCUCGCAACUUUGAGGGUGGCAAUCGUAAGCGCGAAUUUGAUCGUCAAUCAGGCUCUGACAAAACAGGGGUAAAGGCAAUUGAUAAACGUGAUGGAGCUGGCGCACACAACUGGGGAUCAGUAAAGGAAGCCAUCGAUGAUGUUAACAAAAACAAUGAAGGCGAAACGAGUGCGACAAACAAUGCAGAAGGAAAGACCGAUGAAUCUGGCAAUGAACAGCAGAACGAGCAGCAGCUACCAGCUGAAGAGGAAACCAAAGAGCUGACCUUGGAUGAAUGGAAGGCUCAGCAGCAACAGCGUAUUAAGCCCAAGUUCAAUAUACGCAAGGCAGGCGAAGGAGAGGACACCUCGCAAUGGAAGAAGAUGAUUGUGCUCACUAAUAACAAAAAAAAGGAGAACGAAAGCGAAGAAGAACUCGAAUAUGAUCCUGCCAUGUAUCCGCAACGAGUUGGACGACAGCAACGUGUCCUUGAUAUUCAAUUUAAUUUCAAUGACGGACGACGCGGCGGAGGUGGCGGUUUCGGUGGUCGUGGACGUGGUGGCCCACGCCCCGGUGGACCGCGCAAUGAGGGCAAUCGUGGUCCUCAAAAUGGUCCGCAAGGUGCCGCAGGAGGUGCUCAUAGCAAUACCGAGGGCGGCGGCAACACUAUUGGCGCAGCGCAAUCCCGUCCAGAGGGUGGCAAUCGACCACCAAUUGAGCGUCGUGGUCUUGGCGGUGGUAUUGGAGGUGGCCAUGCUGGCAAACGCUUUGGCAACGACCGGCAACAGAAUGCCGCACCCAAGGUCAACGAUGAACGUCAGUUCCCCACCCUGGCCUAAGGGAUUAAAUAAACUGCGAUUUGGAAUUGGAAGAAUUGAUGGAAAUUGGGAGGCGCUUGCUGCUGCUGAUGUUACUUGCGCCGGGAGUGCAUUCAUAUUUGGGUGUCUGUGUAUUAGUUUGAGGAAAGACAGAACGCCAGUAUCACACCAAUGCAAAAUCACACAUCCACACCCACAACACAGACAAACACAUUAAAAUUGCAAAAAAAAAUUAGUUGCAGCCGCAGCGCAAAGCCAAAAGUAACAAAAAAAAAUAAAAUAUUUGAAAACAAUAAACACACUGAAUGCAAGUAAUAAGAGAUAUUCGCAAAAUCUAUACUUAUAAUAAAUAAUUUAAACAAACCCUAAACUGUAAACUUAAGCAAAAGCAAUUUAGAGAAAACUGAAGAGCAAAAAGAUUAAAUUUCUAAUACAUAUUGUAAAUUAAUUUGAUUUUGCCUCCUACGAUUUUGUCACGUCAAUCAAAAUAUACCACAAAAAAACCUUUCAUAUAUUCACAUUCAUACAUCUAUAGAGUACAGUCUGCUAUCCAAUCAAACUAUUAGACAUACAAGGAAUUUUAGAAAACAAAAAAAAAAACAAAAAAACAUCACAUACAUCAUUUACAUACAAUUCAUACACAUAUAUUUUUGUUAAACAUUUUUAUAUGCCCUCAUAUAAAAAUGCAUUUUUUAAUUUUUACUGUGUUACAAUUAUAUUUUAAAAAUGAAUAAAUGAACAACUGAAAAAACAAUUUAAAAAUAUUUACCUAAAAACUCAGUACGCGGAAAAAAUAAGAGGAAAAAAAAUUAUUAAGUGUUGAACUCUUAUAAUAGUGUUUCUUAAAACGAUACAAAUACAAAUAUAUAUUACCACUCUACUAUAAUAUUAACUAUAAAAGUAUGUGCAUCAUAUAAACUACAUUUAAUGAAAUUAAACACAACACGCUGAAAAAUAUAUAUGAACUUAAGCAUGAUUAAACAAUAAAAACAAACUAUUGGAACAAACAUAGAAAAU